AUGCGACCAGUGCCGACGCCGAAAGGUCAAGAAUGCAACUACAGCUCCGGCCACAGCAACGACUGGGAGGCGGCAAACAGCCCAGCAAAGGGCGGAGCAGGUCGUGAGCGAACAAGACAGCGAAUCAAACACAAUAAGGCAGAUUCAACGGCGCUACAACAACUUCAGGCGCUGGAAACAGAGUAUCUGCAGUUGAAAAACACGAGGCUCUCCUGCACGAUCAGCAAUGUGGACAGGAUCGUUGCUCCAGAGGAAGAUACGCAGAGCAAACCGGCACAUCAAUCAACCCCUGAGCAUCAUCAAUACCAAGAUGACAAUCAACAACCCUUCCCCGAGGGUUCUGGAGGCGCUCAUUCAUGCAACGUCCCAGGACCCCCAGCGACAGGGCAAAGUUCUCAGUGGGAUAAGCCAGAUGUGGGGACAAUGGACACGUUCACUUUGAACAGCAAUGGGAAGAAGGAUAUGACAAUGCCCUCCAAACUGACUGCUCUGCACGAGGACCUGGCGCUCCAAUCCGUGAUGUCGACUACACCCACCAUGGAAUCGAGUAUUGGCGAUGUCUCGAAGGGCGUCGGGUCGACUGACGCCACAUUCGUACUGCUACUGCCGGCCCCACGGGAAUUGCUCAGCCUCCUGCAAAUAUAUUUCGUCGAACACAACCUUUUCUUUCCCUGUGUGGACCGGAAAAGCUUUGAAGCUAAGCUAUUGAAAAUGCUAAUUGACAAGGGCUAUGGGAGAGGCUCCCAAACCAUCAGUCUUUCGGUCAUGGAGGCGAGCUUUGGCGCUCUGCUCUGCGUGAUCCUUGCCCUGGCCAUAUUCAUAAAUCCUCAAGAGCCUGUGUACAAAAGCAAUAUGCCCUUACCAGCUCACACCACGUGCUCCUCCUGGCACCAUUUGGCGCUAUCCCUGUCGGCACUUUCUCAAACGACCAAAAUACAGGGACUUGACAUCCUCCGUUUCCAUCUAUUGGAGGCGAUGUACCUGGUCAACAGCGAGAGGUUAGCCGAAUCGUCUAGAACACUUGUAACAGCGGUCGACAUGGCUAUUCGCAUGGGUCUCAACAGGCAGAAGACUUGGGAGGCAUCUAACAACCCAGACCACAACAUGGAGCGAAAAACACUAUGGUGGUCACUAUACUACAUGGACCGGAAAAUAGCGGAGAAAUGCAGCCGACCUUAUUUCAUCCGUGAUGCGGAAGUCGAUGUUCAAGAGUUUUCUUUCACUGAAUCUUCAGAUGACAAGCAGGGAGAUCCAGCUAUGAACUUGACGAACCGCUCGUGGGAACUCGCUUACCUCCAGACUCUCGUCGAUUGGGCACGCCUUUGGGGAAAGAUAUGGGAUACAUUUUUCGCCGCUCGGGCGCAGAGUCUGGGCAACGUCGACGAGCUGGAAGCGAUGGAUGCUCGGGUUGAAGGCGUGCGUCGUCGAUUGUCUCCAGAGGUCCGGUGGGAUCCGUCGUUGCUAGAAUGCGCGGACCAAUCUGCCGAACAUGAACUCCAAAUUCGGGCCCGAUUGCUCGUUCUGAUUCGAUUUAAUCUCUUACGGUUGAACUUGCGCCAUAAUCCUGUGACAAAGCCGUGGCACGACCAAUACGCCCUCUCCUUCUGUGGCUCAUUGGCCAUCGAAACAGUCAAUACACUUGUGUCGUACCUUGACAGGUUCCCUAACAUCGGCCAACUGGGAUUCUUCAUCACCGUAGCCCUGGUGGAAUGCAUUUGUCAACUCAUCCCCUCUAUCAUCAUGGGUGUCUCUCAGCCCGACCGGGACGCUGCAAUCGGUGCAGUAAAGGAUGCUCAAAAGGUCAUUCACCUUGUCUCGAUCCGUCACGCUGCAGCCAUGCGGGCGGAAAUGGCCCUGAGUCAAGUUUUUUCCAUGAUCAACGUAUGGCUGAAGAACGAUGAUGCCCUCGAUGGCCAAGAUUUCCAACUUGAGCCGGGGUCAGGGACGAUAACCCCCAAGCUGUUCGAUUUCCUUUGCGACGGAGAUAUUUGGAACUUUGAGCCCGAGCAGUUUGCUGGUAUCGGAGUGGAUUCGUCCACUGGAGACUUUUCGUCGACCUUGAAAACAUUCCUACAGGACUCUUCUGCGGAGCAGCUUGAUUCAAGGACAACUGUGGGGUCUUGA